AUGGAAUCGACUUGGCUAUACACAUCUUUCUCACUUUUUCUUGUACUCCUGGCUUACAAGUUUUGGUCAACGCCAAGAUGCAAACUUCCACCAAGCCCGCUACCCGCCCUUCCUGUUAUCGGCCAUCUGCACCUCUUGAAACAACCUUUGCACCGAACCCUCCAUAGCCUCUCUGAAAAACUAGGUCCAAUCUUUUCUCUCCGCUUUGGCACCCGCCUUGUGGUGGUGGUCUCAUCGUCUACUGCUGCUGAGGAAUGCUUCACCAAGAAUGAUAUUGUGUUUGCCAACCGCCCUCGUUUUGUCAUGGGUAAAUAUAUUGCCUAUAACUACACUAGCCUUGUCACUGCCCCAUAUGGUGAGCACUGGCGCAAUCUCCGGCGACUCAGUUCAGUUGAAAUAUUUUCUUCUAGUCGCCUCAGCAUGUUCCUAUCCAUACGACAAGAUGAAAUCAAACUUCUGUUGCAAAAGCUCUACAAAAAUACACAUAGUGACUUUGCAAAAGUUGAACUCAAAUCUAUGUUUACAGAGUUGUCCUUUAAUAUUAUUAUGAGAAUGGUGACUGGGAAGCGAUAUUUUGGAGAAGAUGAGGACAACAAGGAGUCAGAGCAUUUUCGGGAGCUUAUUGGUGAAGUGUUUGAACUGGGCGGAGUGUCAAAUCCAGGAGAUUUUCUUCCAUUAUUUAGAUGGAUCGACUACGGAGGUUAUGAGAAAAAUUCAGCUAGGUUAGGUGAGAAAAUGGAUGCAUUCUUUCAAGGUCUGAUUGAUGAGCACCGUCAUUACAAGAGUGAAAAUAGUAUGAUUAAUCAUUUGCUUUAUUGGCAAGAAUCCCAGCCAGAAUAUUACUCAGAUACAAUCAUCAAAGGAAUAAUAAUGGUUAUGCUAACUGCCGGGACAGAAACAUCUGCAGUGACCAUAGAAUGGGCUUUGUCAGUUUUGCUCAACAACCCGGCAAAGUUGGAAAAGGCUAAAGUUGAGAUAGACCGUCUUGUGGGCAAUGAUCGUCUUAUUGAGGAAUCGGAUUUGCCCAAACUUCAUUACUUGCAAAACGUUAUUUCUGAGACUUUUAGAUUGUUCCCAGCAGCACCAUUGCUCGUGCCACAUGAAUCAUCUGAUAACUGUAAAAUUGGAGAUUAUGAUAUUCCACGUGGCACGAUUUUGUUCAUCAAUGCUUGGGCAAUUCACAGGGAUCCCAUGGUUUGGGAUGACCCCACAAGCUUCAAGCCAGAGAGAUUUGAAGUUGGGGAAGUUACACCGCCAAAAUUGAUGCCAUUUGGAAUGGGAAGGAGGUCGUGUCCAGGUUCUAGCCUUGCCGAACGGGUGGGCUCACAAUGCCCAAAGCUGUGCCACUCGAGGCGAUGUGCAAAGCACGCAAUGUACUUCACAACGAUCUUUUCACCAUUGCCUGAACUACUUUCAGGUAUCCUUGGUUCGAUGGCCAGUUCUAUGGUUAAUAUUAUUGUUGUUGUUUGUGCAAAUAACCUAGAAAUAUUUUGUUACUUGAUACUGAUGCUGCUGGUUACUUGA